AUGCGCGUGCUGUCACCCGUCAUUUGGGCAUGUUCCGUGGGCGCUGUCGUUGUCAUUAACAACGAAAAAGAUGAAGUACCAAUGGUCCAUUGGAUGCACCAAGAUUUAGUCAUGCGGGAAAGUCUCUUUGUGAAAGACGACCUCUGGAAGCCUGAUUGGAAAGGUGUACUCGGAGUGUGGCCUACGCCUUCUUCAAGCAAGCAGCUGCUAGAUGAGGUCUAUGAUGCUAUAAUCAGCUUCUAUGCGAACCUACAGGGUUUGCUUUCAGGACGAUUCAGCACCUUCACCUCCUUUUCCUAUCCAGUCGUCGAGCGCCCUUUUCCAAAAUCCAGACGCUAUUUCCAGGGGAAGUUGAAAGUCAACUCGCGCACGGAGGCCUUUCACGUGCGCCGACUCUGUGCCAGAUACCGCACUUCGAUCGCCCGUGCUCUGUCGCGAUUGGACAACCUCACCGACGGCUCUCGCUUGAUGCGAGAGGGCGGGCGAAGGCUGAUUCAGGUUCCGAGUGACGUGUGGAAUCGUUCCGUUCAGCUCUCUCCGAAGGCCUUUCGAGCUUUCCGGGCAAAGGCCGUCGAUCCAUUUUUCCACCUCUACGCAGGUGUUGUGGCUGCUACCUGGGGGAAGCAAAUGGUCACCAGGGCAAGCUAUCACAGUGCUCAAGAGAUGAAGUUGGAGUUUCUCUUUCGCGGCGCUCUAGUUCGAAAACUACUGCAAGCAACCGUCAAGCAGUUCGCCCAGCGUUCAGCCAUUUCGGGGGGGAAGCGGGACCCAGUUUGCCCCCGCGCGGUGGAAAUUGGCUUUGGCUCUGGACAAACCACUUCGCAUCUACUGCAAAGUGUGCCAUGCCUGCAGCUGCUCUCGGUCGACAUCCAAGCAAAGCCGCAAAUGAAACUCUUGCGGCAGAGGUUCAAGAAUCAAAGCACCUUCUGGCAGAUGCCUUCCAACGAAGCUGCCGAGCGCUUCGUGGGCUUCGUGGACUUCGUCUUCGUGGAUGGCAGCCAUGCGUAUGAAGAUGUCUUCCUGGACCUCCGGGUCUGGUGGCCCAAAGUCCGCCCCGGUGGUGUCAUGGCUGGCCACGACUACAACGCGCCCAAUCCCGGCGUGGUCGCGGCGGUGAACGAGUUCACCGAUUUGAUGAACCUCUCGCUACAUUUGGGCUCAGAUUAUAUGUGGUGGCUCCACGUGCCGUAA